AUGGUGCUGAACAGCUGGCAAUGGAGGCUGUUUUUCCUAGCACUGACACUCCUUUUGGGCUCAUUUGCCACUGGACACUUGCUUGAGAUUUCGGACCUCGGCCGUGGAACCAGCAUCGGGGCUCUCUACGAUGUCGUGACUGGUGAGAUUUUGGACGUGGCCCUGUGGUCAAACAAUGUGACGAACAGCUCUGACCUGGUGCGGACAAUCCCAGCACACUACGCGCGCUUGUCCUUUACUCGCAGCGAGAGGACGGAGGACCGAGCAAGUUUGCAGAGUCUGAGUGGCGAGGUUACAGGGAGUAUUUUAGGCGGCUUCCUCUCUGUGAAAGGCUCUGCUCUGGUCUUGGAACACAAGCGCCGGAGCCGGUCGACCGCGGAGGUGGUUGCCAACUACCACAUUGAAACUCGCAAAACCGUCAUCAAUGCAUACGACCCACGGCUUUGCAAAGAACAAUUGCAAGUGGGGGAGUUUCCCGGACUGAAGCGUGCAACGCACGUUGUGACUGGCAUUCUGUAUGGAGGCGAUUGUGCUGCCAUUUUCAGUACUGAAUCGGCAAGCCGCUUUGACAAGUCUGCAGACCUAACAAAGAUAGAGGGCGAGAUUGAUUUCUGGCUCGGCAGUUAUACGCAGACCUUGGUGGAGCGAGAUGAUAUCAAGGAGUCUUCCAGUGCCUCGAGCAGCAUCACCGUGGAGAUUUUUGGAGAUCUUCUCCCAGAAGGUCCGCUGCCAGGUGAUGUCGAAUCCGCUGUUCGCUUCAUGUCGGCCAUGCCACAGCAAAUGGUGAGCCAGGGCGACCUGCCUAAGAGGCUUUUCCUAACACCACUCUCGGAGCUUCCAUGUGACGAGCAAGCUGGGCGAAGGCUUGAACGUGCCACGCUGCAGCACUAUUUUGAGUUGCCAGACCGCUUUGUAACCCUUAGUAUCAGGCUGCUGGAAGAGUUGGACACAGCAGAGCAGUGCCUUAAUGAGCUGUCACUGCGGCCUCACCGAGGCUUUAUCUCUUUGCGACAGGCAAUUCACUGCCAUCUGGAGAAUCUUCAGGAUUACCGGAAGCAGUUCAGGCAGCAACUCAAAGAAUCCACGCAAGCCUUCCGAAAUGACGGCGCCGAGCAAAAACUUGAUUAUUUGGUGCAGAGCUUCUAUGAAAGUGGAUACAGUCUACAGGAGACACAGAGCUUGUGCAACAAGUUGCAAACGAAGUGGUCGACAGCAGAUGAUGUUGCGGAUUUCAUGGAGCAGUCCAACUUGCAGAUGGGAAACCACAUCUCGGACUUCAUUGGUCCAUCUCUGAAUCCUCGAGUACACUCCGCAUACCAGUUUCUCUUUGUAGGCGAGCCCGACAGUGUAGAGAAUCGGGAGAGUGUCAAGUUGCUGAAGGACUUUGCACACUUGGCUGGACAGCGCAAGAGAGUCUCAGGCUCCUCUUGUGACGACUGCGAACCCGUGAGCUUCUCCGCGAUCCAGUUCGACAGUUUUUGCUUACAAUUUUGCCGGCCGGAGCAAUGCCAGCUUUGGUGCAAAAACUGUGGAGAGGGGACAGAUUUGUCGAACUCUACUGCCUCAAGUGAUUUAGUAUUUCUGAUGCCGCAACAGGAGUCGUGGUGCGAGGUGCCUCAAAGCAGAGUGUUGCUGUCUGUGAGGAAUGCACAGCCUCAGGUCGUUAAUGUGCAGCAUAUUCAACCCCCCAGUUCCUUGGACCUGCUGGAGGUGCGGUACAAUGGUCAUGAGAUUGAGUUGAUUCUAGGGAAUCAAUCCAGCUGCGCUCCUCCAGUCUUGCGACACGUGCUACGUGUUUCUUGGGAGACCAAGGAAGACUCUAUGCACCUCUAUUCUCAACACCGAGAUUUUGAGAUCUAUGCGCCAGAGGAUGCGGCCCGCAUUGUCUUGGAUGCUGGGCGAGUGUAUUCCUUCCAAGUGGCCGCAGUGAACCAGGUGGGUAUCGGCCCCUUCUCAUCCAAACGACGGGCCAUGGCCACUUCGACAUCUUCUGAAAGAAGGCUUGCAGCGUUUGCAGGCUUGUUCGGGUUGCCGGUGCCAGUGGUAGGCCUCCUUGCCUCCCGGGAAGCCGUCCUCUCCCUGCCUGAGACUAAGCGGAACCGCGUGCCCAGCUGGCGUUGUGUCCAAGUCACCAUUUCCUUGUCCAGCGACACACAGGAGGAGAUCUCUGGAGUUAGGUUUUCAGAUGCGGAGAACGUGCACCAGAAUCUCACCUGUGCUGCACGGAUGUCAUCCUACAACGAAAUACAUUGCACCAUCCCAACCCGGAAAACUUCAGUAGACAUCCUUUGGAAUGUCGAGGUGCUUGGCUUCGACAGACCCAUUGCUGAGCUUGGCCAUCUGCUUCAAGAGGCGCCAAGUGUCCAAGCUUGUCGAGAGUGGAGCCAGGCUGACUAUUGCCAUUCAAUAGAGCCGACCUGUGUGAAGACGUGUGCUGAUUGCGCGGCCCGGCCACAUGCCCAUGCCCCUCCCAACUGCAGCUCUGUGGAUGCAGGCCAUUACUGGAGUGAGCUGACAGGCGUCCCUGUCAAUGGCAACCGCCAGGAUGAAGCAGAUUUUGAGCUUGAGAACGGAGAAGUGUGCCCACUUGAGCCCGAGCCGUACUGGAAAGAGGAUGCAAGCUUCCGCCGAUUGACACCAACUCACAGACCUGCUCCUGCCAGCCUCGUGCUUGACAUUCGGCUGUGGAGGAGCGAGGUGGCUGCCAGUUGCCAGGCAACUUCGCAAGUUGCCCCAGACAAAUGCUCACGGCAAGUGGUCAGGGCUGUGCCUAGCCCAAUUCAGCAGCUGAGAGACCAGCUGAACAGUUCGGUCUUGCUGAUCAUGGAGGCGUGGUUAAUGGUUCCGGAAGCGACAGUUUUCUCGAAGGAUCCAGAGACUCUGCGGAUGAUAACGUCAAGCUUGCUCAAUGCCGCUGAGUACCCUCACCUGGGCGUCCAAGUUGCUAUGGAGCCGAUUUGGGUACAGCGAGAAGCAAAUGUCAGAGCAUUCUUUGCUUUUAGCUUGACUUGUUGGCUGAGUGCCUCUUGUUUGCAGAUAAGACCAGAGCUUGAAACCAUGUUGUCUGAUCUUGCGGAGGCCGGCAUUUUGGUUGGCAAUCUAACUCGCUCACUGCAGCAGUCUGGCUACUCAGUGACUGCCACAGUUUCUGGCGAUUCACACAACAACGAAGCUGUGGCUGUCUUGGAGCUGGGGCUGACACUUUCAGACAUCUCCUCGUUCGAUCUUGAAGGCUUUCAACGUGAGAUGAGUGAAGCAUUGGGUGUGAGUGCCGAGAAUGUCUUGCUGACAAGCGUUCGGUACCAGACUUCAGUGACCUUGAGCCUUGGUAGUGUGACCACCGCAGAACAGGCACAAGUGGCUUUAGCUGAUUUGUUGGAUAUACACCAGGACAGCAUCAGUGUUACUCUGCUUGGGGCACGACGGCUCAACAGCUUGUUCAUUCGUGGACGUCUCCUGGCUUCGGUGACUUUGGAAGCUGUCAUCCGAACAGAAGAUCUCCAGUCAACUGCCUCAACUGCAGAGAUCUUUGCAAACAUGACAACCCUGAGUGAAGCCUUUGAUGUUGGCGUGUCUGUGCUGGUCUCUCCUGCAACCAUUGCGCAGAUUGCCCUAGACAUUCAGCUUCCACCAAGCAUUACUUUGGACAUGACUGAGAUUAAGGAGUCAAUCUUGGAGGAGACUGGAUUUAACGUAUCAAUCUACAGCAUGGAAAUGGAAGAAGCUCUGGAUUCCCCGCAAAGCACGAGUGAUAGUAUAGACAGUGGAUUGAACGCUGUCGAGGAGACAGUUGAUGAUUCCCUUCCAAUGGUCUUGAUUGGCACUUUGCUUGCCUCUUUUCUCAUGAUGAUUCUGGUCUGCUGUAUGGCUUGCAGGCGGUGGUUGCGGUGCUGCAAUGCUUCUGGUGCUCGGGAUACAGAGAACAACUUGGCCGAUGAGUCCAUUACAGCACAGGACCAGGGUCGUCGCUUCUUUUUGGGGGAACUCUAUGAUGCCCGCACGAGUGAGUCGCUUGGGGCUUCUCUGUGGCCGCUCUCGGUGUUGGAUGAUCCGCGCUUUGUCCGGGAGACUUCAGCUGCCAGUGCUGACUACUUCUUGACUUAUGCUGAUACAGUAAAGGACGGAGCGGGCUGGCGAGGGGAAGCUCAGUUUGGGCAGGACAAGAUGGAAUUGAUGGGUAUCGACGGCACAAUCGAUUUCGAGCGCUCCGUUGGGAUCAGCAAGUUUACCUUGUCAGGCUCAGCAAAGUACUUGGAAUCAAAGGUGCGCAGCUCACUGAGCAUGACAGUGUAUACAGUCUGCAAGACGCUGAAUGCGAUGGAUCCGGACCUUCAACGCCUUCGAUUCGACUACAUACCUCCUCAAGCGACCCACUAUGCGACCUUGGCGCACAAACAUAGCAUUCCCUUUGAUCUGUGUUCACGUAGGCUCCAUGGCUCCAUUCUGCAGGAGGAGGAGAUCUUCAGCAGCAAGAACAUCACUGUCAAAGUGAAUGGAGAUGUGAUCCCCAGUGGCUCACCCAGUGGUCAGGCAGAAGAUGACGAUACAAGCCGCCGGUUGAGCUGGGGCGACCGUCCCCAGCCUCGACGAAGGCUGAGUGAAGAUACUUGCUGGGAUAAGCCCAAUUGGAGGGAUGGCAUCAGCAGCCAAAGCUGCAGAGAUUACAAGAAGUCUUACUGCGACGCAGCAAGCAACACCUACUAUCCUGAUCGUCACCCUACGAAGCGCCAGUCCAAGGAGGUGAACUUCCCGGACCUUUAUUGCUGUGUCAGGGAGUGGGAGGCCUAUUGUGAAGCCGACCCGUGUUUGAAGUGCACGCAUCAGAGGACGACUCUGAUUGGAAUGCAGUGGAAUUUGGAGGAUGAGGAGCUGGCGUGGAGGGACGUUCUAUGGAUAGUGAAAGCCACACGUCGUGGCCAGAUGGAUCGGGGAGAGAUGAGUUCUCACGAGGGCAUGAACCAGGGCAAGGGCAUCGACAACACGGCGAAGGGAGUGUACAUGAUAACUGGUCAUGGGAUGGUCGAGCAUGGGGGCACGAUCAUGGACAAGUUCAUGUACCAGGAUCCAGAUGGGCAUGGUUGUGACUACUACCGUUUGAACCGUUGCCAAAGUGGGUCCUACAGUGGUGCUGACGCCCCGCGGGUCAAUCACCCAGAGGAGAAUUGCUGCGGGUGUGGCAAGUGUGAGGACACAGCAGGUUGGAGCGACCCUUCAAACCACACGCGCCAGUGGUACAAGAACAACGGAUUAUGCCCAAACGGCGUCUACCGGGAUGCCGCCAAUGCUACCCAAGCAGAACUCAGCAACUUUCCAGAUAUGCACUGCUGUGCAUGUGGGAAGGCAAGCACCUACGUGCAUGCAGUCGACCUGACAGCGACAACUACAACUACCACUGCUCUCUACAAGCUUUCGGAUGGCCCAGAGUAUUCCGCAAGACGUCGCAGAAGUGUUACUCUUGAGAAGCCUACCAGGGUGCCCACGGACCCGACGAGUGCGCUAGACUACCUCUCCAGGGUGCACGUCUCGGCCCUGGAAGAUGGUGGCGUCCCGAUGCAGAUCACCCUUACACCAGUGAAGUGGCUGGUCAGUGGCUAUGAAGCAGUCGCCAAGCGACUCACUUCAGAGCUGAUGAACAAAGCGAUUGGCAUUACCGAGGACUUUGACCAAGGAGUUCGCAUCAUCAAUGACCUUGCAGUGCCUAGGUUCCAGUGGGCUCGCGACAACCUUGGCUUCAAUUCUUGGACUUGGAACGUAGAACUCUUCAACAGAGCCCAGAAAGAAUAUCAUCGCGAUUUCAAGAUGUCCUUGGCGAGGGCGCUGUAUGAGUACCGCACACUCGACCGGCUGGACGCCGUGGAAGAGAUCCUACAGGGUCAUCAAGCAAGCAGUUUCACUCUGGACCUUAUCAGAAAGUACAGAGAAGAGCAGACUGAUGCACUGAAUUCCUUGUCGAACAUGGUGCUCCCCUUGCGGGAGGAAGGGGCUACGCUUGCCACCCAGUUCUCGGACUACAUUGGCCCCACGCUCUCCAUGCACUAUGAUGCCGUGGUCGUCCUCAUUAUCGCUGGCAUGAACCCAGCAAGCAGCCGGGACACAAUCAAUAGUGUCAGACGCUUUUUGGCGUUUGCUCGCAAAACAGGUCCGUUACCCCACUGUUUGAAGGCCCGGCGUUUUGAGGCCGGACCAAAUGCACCAUACCAGUGCGUGGAGACUUACAAGCUGGUGGUCAUACACUUUGACUCCUUUUGCUCGCAAUUUUGCCAGCCGCACCUUUGCCUCAAUCCUGCCCCAAGGACCUGCUCAGACGCCUCCGCUUCUGAAGGCCUUGACUUUUUGGCAGAUAGGGAGGCAUGGUGCCAAAACCCAUGCACACGUGUAGUAGCACACUACAAACAGGGGCCUGCCUCCAGUGCUGAUAAGCUCCUACCACAACUCCCACAACCACCCUCCAUCAUUGACAUCUCGGUGGGUGCUCAGGAGCAAGACCCCAAGAACCAGCGUGUCCACAUGCAGCUUGGCCCCUUGGCAAGCGGGGUGGUCUCAGUCCGUCUGAGAAUCAUUCAUCACGAGUUUGACAAGGCAGCCAAUGAAUGGAUCCCGGUACACGGUGUGCAAGACACGCACACGCCAGAGUUGAAUGUGACAAUCGGCCAACUCAUUUCGGGGCGAUACUACUACUUCCAAGCGGCAGCAGUGAACGAUGUAGGCGAAGGGCCCUACAGUGCACGCUGGCCGGAAAGUGCUUCGGGGCUCCUUGUGGGCCAUCGCAUUGUCACCAUCCAGCCCGAAAAAGCUGUGCGCCAACCGCUCGAGCAUUUGGAUACUUGCGAUGCAGAAGAAGCAGCUGGUUCCGACCUUACAAAUCGGGCCCCCAACUGGCUUGCCUGGGCAGUCCGCUUGAGCUUUAGCGAGUUGCCGAGAAAUCAAGAGCCAGCAGCAAGCGUGGAAUUCUUCGACCUCGCAAAUGGCACAACUUUCAAUUGCCUAAAGUUCCAGCUGGAUCCAAGUGAUUCUCUUGCUGCCUCGUGCCGCAUCCCUUGCCGGGAAUCAAGGUUUACCAGCACUUUAGCAGUGACAGUUUGGGAUUCCAAUCGAAUAACCAAAAUUGCAGAAGGCCAGUUGACACAUGAGCCCAUGUCCAAAGCAUCUUGUGGAGCCUUCACUCCCAGCAGACCACUCUUUUGCGAUGUUGAAGACUCGCGCCAAAGGCGCUGCAUGGUACCCACCUCGAUCAAUGGCUCCGCAUGCGACCUGUGCUUUGAUGCACGCACUCCGAAGACCUACCGAGUCGAGUCUCGCCUGUGCACUGGAUUUCAGUGCCAGCUGGGUGAAAGGUGGUGCCCUUUGAAUGGCAUCGGUUGCAUCACAACAUCUUGUCAGGUUUGCUACACCGGCAGUGUAGACUUUCCAGUGGACGGAGGCACGGUGUGCGCAUUGCCCUGUGAGUUGUAUGCCGAUGUUCCAGAUCUCAUCGUGGAGAAUGGUGCCAUAUCUGUCCCGCCUGGCGAUAGCGCCAAAAUCGCUUGCGAUGCAGGCUUGGGGCCAAGUUGGGAUGAGGCUCUUGGGGCUCCCGGCCCUGCAGAGCUACAAUUCCUUUGCCCUGAAGGCAACACUCGGCUGGAAUACAAAGUCAGCGACUUGGCAAGACGUCCUGCCUGCAAGCCUCGUUGCGUGUCAGGAACCUUUCAAGACGUGGACGGCUACAUCUACACCUAUGGCGACAGCAUCUAUGGUCAGACCAUGAACUUUACAUGCGACGCAUCCCAGUUCGAGUCAGGCAUGGUGGUCCUUCUCUGCAAGGACUCUGUGGUUGAGCUGCUGUCAAGGACAUGCAAGGUUGGGGGAGUCAGGAAAAUACGGUCUCACAUUUUCUGA